ACGGACAUAACGGUGGACAUGGCAUCAACUCUUUGUCGACGUUCAACAAUCCUCAAUUCAUCUCAAUGAUUUGCAUAAAUUGGACGAAUUCUGUGCUCAUUUCUGACCAAAACGCGACAUUUUAACAUGAAUUAAUUAAUGUGUUCGUGAAAUAAAGAAUGUUGUUGUUCCUGGUAGUGGGGAUUCUUGUAGGAUGUACUGAAGCUUUUGAUUCCCAUUUACGCGGUCCUUCUUUCAUAAUGGAACCACCACCGAAACUCGAAUUUUCGAAUUCGAGUGGAGGUUGGUUGGAUUGUUCAGCUUCAGGGAACCCACAACCUUCCAUUGAUUGGCUUUCGGUGGAUGGAACCUCCGUCGGAGAUGUGGCAGGAAUAAGGAGGGUUCUCAGGAACGGAACUCUGCUCCUGCAACCGUUUCCUGCGGCCGCUUACCGGCAGGACAUCCACAGCACGGUCUACAGAUGCGUCGCUUCCAAUUCAGUUGGACGAAUCAUCAGCAGAGAUGUGCAAAUAAGAGCAGUGGUUGCACAAACGUUUAGAGUGGAGGUGGAAGUUACCGGUGCGGCUAGGGGAUGUACAGCAGUGUUAAAAUGUAUAAUACCGCCCUUUGUUAAAGACUUAGUUCGGAUUAUUUCGUGGAUUCAAGAACCAACGUUUUUUAUUUAUCCGUCGUUGCAAGGAGAUGGGAAAUUUCAUCAACUACCAUCGGGGGAGCUUUUAAUACACAAUUUAGAAUUCAGUGACCAAUUUCCAACAUAUCGGUGUAGAACAAUGCAUCGUUUGAGCAGACAAGUUAUUGUAAGCAGUCCUGCCAACGUCAGAAUAGUGGAAAAUCGGGGCAUCGUUUCUCCCGUAAUGCUGGAAAAUUCGGGAACAGUUAUUGUUGCACAGGAUGAAGGUGCAGCAUUAAUAUGUAUUGCACAUGCAUGUCCGCCACCAGAAUACAGAUGGUAUGCUCUUUCUGGUGUUGAAAGUAAUUUAAUGGUGUCGGGCUCAAGGAUACGCCAGUUGGCUUCGGUUCUGGCUAUCGAGACUGUUACCACAGACGAUGCCGGAAUUUAUCGUUGCACAGCUUCAAAUGCAGGUGGCGAAGCAAGCGCUGACAUCCGCCUCGUUGUCGCAACAGCUUUGCAUGUGGAAAUCUCCCCACCCAUGCUCACAGUCCAUAUGGGCGGAACGGCGGAAUUCCGUUGUAUAGUUUCAUCGUCCAACGAUGGGCCGCACCUUCUCACAUGGUACAAAGAUGGGCGCCAGUUGCCCAGCACGGGUCGAGGAUCCAGCGAAACUCUGGUUAUCAACAACGUGGGUCGCGAAGACAGGGGGAUGUAUCAGUGUAUAGUCCGGCGAUCGGAGGGGGACACGUCCCAGGCGUCAGCCGAGCUGCAACUCGGGGAUGCCCCACCCAUUCUUCUGUACAGUUUCAUCGAACAAACUUUACAACCUGGGCCUGCGGUGUCGCUCAAAUGUAGCGCUUCGGGGAAUCCCACGCCGCAGAUCACGUGGACUCUUGAUGGGUUUCCCUUGCCAAGUCACGGCAGAUUUGUGAUAGGACAAUACGUCACAGUACAUGGCGAUGUAAUUAGUCAUGUGAAUAUAAGCCAUGUCAUGGUUGAAGAUGGGGGCGAAUACACUUGCACAGCGGAAAAUCGGGCUGGGAAAAGCUCUCAUUCGGCUCGUUUGAACGUUUACGGAAUGCCCUACAUUCGUCUGAUUCCCAAAGUAACCGCUGUGGCCGGUGAAACAUUACAACUGAAAUGUCCUGUGGCGGGAUAUCCCAUUGAAGAAAUUCACUGGGAACGUUCAGGGAGGGAAUUACCGGAUGAUCUAAGACAGAAGGUUUUAAAGGAUGGAACAUUAAUCAUACAUCCUGUUGAGAAAAAGGCAGACUCCGGGGUGUACACUUGUUGGGCAAGGAACAAACAAGGACACAGCGCAAGAAGAAGUGGAGAAGUUAGUGUCAUAGUUCCUCCUAAGGUUAGUCCAUUCUACGUGGAAGACACUUUGCACAUGGGUGACCGUGCAAGUUUAACAUGUUCUGUAACCAAGGGUGACUUACCAUUGACCAUAACCUGGCGCAAAAACGGCCGUACCGUCGAGCCCGCCCAUAUGGUCUCCAUCACCCAAGUGGACCAAUUUACUAGCAUUCUAGUGAUCGAGAAACUCUCCUCGGAACACAACGGCAACUAUUCGUGUGUUGUGCGUAAUUUGGCAGCAGAGGUGUCUCACACCCACCAAAUGGUAGUGAACGUUCCUCCUAUUAUUGAGCCCUUUUCCUUUCAAGACGGGCUGUCGGAAGGCAUGCGAACUCGUACCGUCUGCGGCGUGAGCGCCGGGGACCCGCCACUGGUGGUCUCCUGGCUCAAAGAGGGGCAACCGCUGACGCCUUCGCUGGGCGUCAACGUGUCGGCCCUUGAUCCCUAUUCUAGUCUCCUCAGCAUUUCUAGUCUUGAUUCGAGACAUUCCGGGGACUUCACGUGCGUGGCCAGCAAUCCGGCGGCUGAGGUCAGGUACACCGCCAAGCUACAGGUCAAAGUACCACCAAGAUGGGAAGUUGAACCGGUCGACGUCAGCGUCGAAAGAAAUCAUCAAGUUUCAAUACACUGCCAAGCCAAAGGUGUUCCCACCCCGAUUGUCACAUGGAAAAAGGCAAUAGCUGGUAAAUCCGGCGACUACGAAGAAGUCAAAGACCACACGCACACCCGCCUUCUCGGAAACGGUACCCUCAUCCUCCAACACGUCAAAGAAGACCGUGAAGGCUACUAUUUGUGCCAAGCUGAAAACGGAAUAGGCCCUGUUAUCGGAAAAGUCAUCCAACUUCGAGUCAAUUCCCCCCCAUAUUUCGCAGCCCCCUCCCGUCUAGUAACAGUCCGAAAAGGCGACACAGCUUUUUUGAAAUGUGACGUAAACGGUGAUAAACCAAUCAGCGUGAUUUGGUUACGAGGCAGCAAAAACGAGCUAAACCCCUCGUCCAAUUACAGAGCGAGUGUCAAACAAGAUGUAACACCAGACGGUGUUACUGCAGAGUUACAAAUCAUCAAUACACAAUCAUCAGAUAGCGGCACUUACUUCUGCCAAGCGAGUAACAUGUAUGGGAAAGAGCAACAACUAGUGCAGUUGCUAGUACAAGAGCCCCCUUCAAGUCCCAAAGAACUUGAAGCAACAAUGAUUAGUAGUCGAAGUGUCACUCUUAAGUGGCACCACAAGUCUGGAAACACCGACGAAGUGUUUAAGUUUUUAGUCGAGUUUAAGGAAUCUGACGGGGGGUGGAAACAAGUCGACCUUAAUGACGCCCCCACAUUCACUGCCCUCAUUGAGAAUUUAAAUCCGGCGACGAAAUACACUUUCCGGGUGUUUGCGGUUGGUUCAGCGGGGAAAAGUCCCCCAAGUCCGGAGUUGGAGGUCAGGACGGAGCCCCAAAGACCGGCGGGGGCCCCUUUAAAUUUGUCAGUUCGUCCGUUGUCUUCUACGGAACUUAUAGUGACAUGGACGCCCCCAUCGCCGGAAUUGCGACAUGGGGAUAUCCAAGGGUUCAAUGUUGGGUAUCGGACGACGAGUAUGAGUGCUUAUAAUUUUACCACUGUCAUGGGGGAUGGGGAAGAUGGGGGUGAAUUGGUCUUGGGGGGAUUGGAGAAGUACGCGAGGUACUCGAUUGUGGUUCAGGCGUUUAAUGAAGUGGGGACGGGGCCCUUGUCGGACUCGGUCUCGACACAGACCAUGGAAGAUGUACCUGAUAUGCCACCAGAAGAUGUUAGAUGCGCGGCCUUAACUUCUCAAUCGUUGCAAAUUAGUUGGCAACCACCACCAACUGAACAUUGUAACGGACUUUUACAAGGGUACAAAUUAACAUAUGAACCUGUUUUAGACGAUAAUUGGAGAGGAAACGACGAAAUGGAAACACGAAAGACAACAGCUUUGACAACUGUAAUAACAGGGUUAAAAAAAUUCACUAAUUAUAGUCUACAAGUCUUAGCAUUUACUAAAGUCGGUGAUGGGGUUCUUGCCCCACCCACGUACUGCCAAACUGAAGAAGAUGUACCUGGAAGUCCAGCUGAUAUUAAAGUAGCAGUAAGUUCGGCUCAAUCUUUAAAGCUAUCAUGGCUGCCACCUUUAGAACCAAAUGGUAUUAUAACAAAAUAUAAUUUGUACAAAAGAAGUCUAGAUGGAAGACAAGAAGUAGAUAAUGCCAAACAAACCAUUUCUAGUCAACACACAAGUUAUGAAAUUAAAGGGAUUCAAGCACAUAUUGAGUACCAGUUUUGGGUCACUGCCUCCACUAGGAUAGGGGAGGGACAGAGUUCGAAGGUUGUGUCGCAAGUGGCAACGUCGAGAGUCCCUGCCCGAAUUAUCUCUUUUGGGGGCACCGUCAUCCGCCCCUGGAAGACCUCCGUGUCUUUCCAAUGCGAAUCGGUGGGCAACCCCAAACGCGAAUGGCUUCGUGGUGAAAAACUCCUCAAAGGAGGUGCCAACGCCAACCAACAACUCCUCGACACUGGUGAACUAAUCCUUGCAAAUUUACAACUCCAUGAUGCUGGUAACUACACCUGUCAAGUGGACAAUAACCAAGGUUCCGACAAGAUAACCUACCAUUUGGUGGUCCAAGUCCCACCAACUGCUCCACUUUUAUACGUAUCCAGCGCCACCAGUAGUAGCAUUCUCCUAAACUGGAAAAUUGGGAAUGACGGAGGAGCACCAAUCAGCGGCUUCACACUCAAUUACAGAAAAGAACACGGGGAUUUGGACGAAGUCCAUUUAUCCAGACAUGCAGUGAGCUAUGAACUGAAAGGACUUUCAUGUGGGACGACAUAUCAUCUGUAUUUGACAGCGCAUAACAUCGUCGGGAGCAGUCCUGCGAGUCAUUCCUUGCAAGCAAGGACUCAAGGACACCCACCUGGGGUUCCCCCAGCUUCGAGUUUCAUUUCCCCGAAUUCGACGUCGGUGUUACUUCGAUUGCACGUGUGGCCUGAUAAUGGGUGCCCGAUUUUGUAUUUUAUUCUACAAUACAGGAAAGCCUCAAGUUCGCAGUGGAUUCUAGUCUCAAAUGCUUUAAAACCCCAAAAACGGACUUCCAUCACUGGACUUACUCCUGCCACCAAAUACGUGGUCAAGCUAGAAGCCCAUAAUAUUGCCGGUUUUGCAACUGAAGAGUUUGUUUUCAUGACUUUAACAAAAGACGGUGGCGUACCACCGGUCAAUUUGCUGAAACACGGACACAAUGACUCGUCCAUCUAUUCAGAUAUUAGGUUUAUUAUUCCGUUGUUAGUUUUGAUAAUUGCUGUUAUUAUUUCAAUUCUGGGGGCUAUUCUCUGUUUGAAACAUCGACAAAGCGAAAUCGCUAAGGAACUUUUAGAUAAUCAACACAAUGCUGAAGCUCAAAGAGAAAGAUAUUACGCGACAAUACAUAAAGCAGCUUUAGCAGCGGGAGAAAAAAUUCCAGAAACUUCCGAGGACAUAUCACCUUAUGCAACAUUUCAGUUAUCAGAGCCAAGUACCUUACCACAAAACACCAUGUUACAUAGUUUCAUGUACCAUGAACACCCCAUGACCGAGGGGUGUGCUUCGCCGCCCCCGAGUUCCUCAGUUCUGCGAAGCUCGCCCUACUAUAAUAUUCAAAAAUUUCAAGGUGGCAAGGGCCACGGUAGAAGACGUUCUAACCGAAAAAAUGAGGUAGAUAGUGAUGAAAGUGAGUCGGACACAGAACACAGAACCGAGUCUUCCACACAGUUAGAAGUUAAACGAAAACAAAGUAUCUUGCACCAUGGAACUCAAUCGAGUACGUCAUCUGACAUAUCCCCCAUGUCUGAAAAAAAGUCGCUUCCACGACGAAACCGAUCAAGGUUGUCGCCCCAAAGCCGGAGUUUGUCUCAAAGACAGAUUUUCUCCCGGUUGUCGUUGGCCGAAACGACAUUUUCGGAAAAAAAAUCUUUAGAUCACAGUACAACCGAUCGACCAGAACUGAGUGAAGCCGAAUGUGACAUCGACACAAUCAAAAAAUUAAAGUUAGGUUUGAAAUCGUCUUUUUGGUCAAAACCGAAUGAAUCCGAUCAAAUAACGGACUAUUCGAUUGCUGUUUAAGCUGUUGUAGAACAUAGUUCAAAAUCAAAAUUUUAUACAAAAAUUAUAGAGUUUAAAAGAAUUUUACGUGACAUUUUGGAAGCAUUUUGUACACUAUGACAAUGUAGAUUAAAAUGUUUCUUCUUUCAAUUUAUUGUAGAUGCAGUGAUUCUCCGGAAGAAUAAAUGUCUUAUUCCUC